GAGAGAGAGAGAGAGAGAGAGCUCCGUCUAAUAACACAUAGGAAAAGGAAACUAUUGUAUAAUGCAUCCUCAUCCCUGUGCACACACAGACACAAACACAAAAGUUUCCUCUGAAGUGCAGGGGAUUCUUUAAUUUCUCAUUCUAAUAUUCCCUCAGUCUGGGAAAGACAGAACUUGGGAGAAAACUUAAGACAUUUUUUCAAUUUUUGGAAAAUUCUUCUCCCACCUGUGUCUAAAGCUUGGAGGUCACUGUGGGUGACAGCCAGUAGUGACAGGCUCUUUUACAUCAGUGGCCCAGCUGCUGCGUUUGGUACUGUUUUUGUAUUUUUUUGUAUUUUUUUUCUCUUAUUUUUUCUUUGUCCUGGGAAUAUUAUCAGGUAGAGCUAUUUUUUCCUGUGGUGAUACCUAAAACCUACAGAAGGGAAAGCUGGAAAUGAAGAGAGUCCUCUGCGUGCUUCUUGGCAUUUGGCUGGCUACUGUUGACAGAACAGAUCUUGUGAGUGGAUAUUCUAUGACCCCGCCUGUUCUGGACGUCACCACUGACGAACUUGUGAUCAACACAAAUGACUCACUAGAUAUCACCUGCAGGGGGCAGUGGCCCCUGCAGUGGACAUGGCCUAGAGGCAUAGUAGAAUCCAACAAGAAUGACAAGGACUCCGAAGUGAUUGUAAUUGUAAAUAGCACUCGCAGUGUUACAGUGGAGGAUUGCCAAGGAACAUCAACCAAACAAUAUUGCAAGAUCUUCAGAAUAAUCGGUUCCCAGGCUACUGAUUCUGGCACUUACUGCUGCCACUACAGAUACAUUAACACCAAGGUCAAGGGUACCACUGCUGUCAGCACCCACAUUUUUGUAAGAGACUGGGAGCAACCAUUCAUCAACCCUGUUGGGACCAUAGUAAUAAAUAAGGAAACAACCAGAGUCCCGUGCCAAGUAUCUAUUCCAGACCUCAAUGUUACUCUGCAAACGCAAAGCUCAGUUAUUAUACCAGAUGGGAAGAGUGUCAGAUGGGACAAUAAAGACGGGAUGAUCGUACCUGCAGACCAGAUAAGAGAUUCCCUCUUAGUCCAGUGUAUGACCAUCAUAGACGGAAAGAAGUUUAUGUCAAAUUAUUUCCUUAUCCACUUUACAGGAUACCAUUUCUACGACAUGUACCUUUCUCCUAAAGACACAGUAGAGCUGCUAGUAGGAGACCUACUAGUAUUAAACUGCACUGUAAUUGCAGAGUUUAAUACAGCUGUCAGCUUUCAGUGGGAUUACCCCGGCAAAAAGAGUAACCGCUUUGUGACAGAGCACUCUGAUCGUCUACCCCAGCAGGACCACACAGAGAUGUUCAGUACUCUUACUCUGCCUAGUGUAAACCAAUCGGAUCUGGGGAAGUAUGUGUGUCAUGCCAUGAGUGAGACAUGGCAAUACCAGGAGAGCAUCGAGGUCAUUGUGCACGAGAAGCCCUUUAUUUCUGUGGAAACCAAGGAGAACACAGUCAUUGAAGCCAUAGCUGGAGACAAGUUGACAAGACUGUCAGUAAAAGUUUCCGCUUUCCCAACACCUACGUUUCAGUGGUUUAAAGAUGGAAGGCCAGUAAGCAGCAGCAAUGGAAAGCAUCGACAGUCAUUAUACUCCUUACAGAUCAGAGAUGUAGUGGAGCAGGAUGCUGGGAGAUAUACACUGGUAUUGAAGAACCAGCAGGCUGGAUUGCAGCAGCGGAUUAAUGUACAACUGGUGGUGAAUGUUCCACCUCAGAUCCACGAGAAGGAGACUUCACCACCAAAUAUAUAUGCCCAAGGUAGCCGACAUGUCCUGACCUGUACUGUGUUUGGGGUACCAGCUCCAACAUCCAUCCAGUGGCAGUGGCGGCCAUGGACACCAUGCAAGAUGUAUGCACGGCGCAGCGCACCCCAUCAAUCUCCUCCCCUCAAACAACAACGUGACAGAAUGCCUGAGUGCAAAGACUGGAAGGACGUGACCCUGGAUGGUGACGUGAACAUCAUUGAAAGCAUAGAUACUUGGAGCGAGUUUGUGGAGGGACGGAAUAAGACUGUGAGCAAGAUGGUGAUACAAAAAGCCAAUUUAUCUAUAAUGUAUAAAUGUUCAGCUUAUAACAAAGCCGGAGGAGACGAGAGGCUUGUAUACUUCUAUGUCACAACGAUUCCAGAUGGCUUUGCGAUUGAUCCCGAGCCUUCAAAGGAACCCAUAGAGGGACAGAACCUCAGUUUGAGCUGCCUUUCGGAUAAAUACACGUAUGAGAACAUGCAGUGGUACCGACUGAACCUUCAUACAUUAAACGGUGCUGAGGGAAACCCACUUGUAUUGGAAUGUAAAAAUGUGCAUCAGUACGCAGACCGCAUGGAAGGAAAACUGCAGAAUCAAGAAGGGUCAAGUAAUGCAACUCUGAUACUCAAUAUCCCCAAACUAUCAAUAAAGGAUGAGGGGGCCUAUGUCUGUGAAGUCCAAAACCGUAAAACUCGGGAGAAGCAUUGUCAGAAGAGAUAUAUAUCAGUGCUUGCACAGGAAGCCCCAAACUUCCGUUCUAACCUGACCGACAAGAUGGUGAAUGUCAGUGACUCCAUGGUGAUGUACUGUGAAGCUGAUGGAGCUCCCAGCCCCACCAUCCUCUGGUAUAAAGACAACAAGUUAGUGGAAGAAGUAUCAGGAAUAGUAUUGGGAAACCAGAACCAUACACUAAGCAUUCAGCGAGUCAGAGAAGAAGACGCCGGUAUAUACCUCUGCACUGCCUGUAACGAGAAGGGAUGCGCAAACUCCUCCGCCAUUGUCUCUGUUGAAGGAACUGAUGACAAAACAAAUGUUGAGAUUGUGAUUCUCAUUGGCACUGGAGUAAUAGCGGUUUUCUUCUGGAUCCUCCUCAUCCUCAUCUUCUGUAACAUUAAAAGGCCUAGCCAUGGUGAGAUAAAGACUGGAUACCUUUCCAUCAUCAUGGAUCCAGGUGAAGUGCCCCUGGACGAACAGUGCGACUAUCUUCCUUAUGACUCAAGCAAGUGGGAGUUUCCCCGAGAUAGACUAAGACUUGGUAAAGUCCUAGGACAUGGCGCCUUUGGUAAAGUGGUAGAGGCUUCGGCUUUUGGAAUCAGUAAGAGCAGCAGUUGUGAGACGGUAGCAGUGAAGAUGUUAAAAGAGGGUGCUACUGCUAGUGAACAUAAAGCUUUAAUGUCAGAGUUGAAAAUUCUCAUUCACAUUGGCAACCACCUUAACGUAGUCAACUUACUAGGAGCUUGUACCAAACCAAAUGGACCACUGAUGGUUAUUGUGGAAUUCUGCAAGUACGGCAACCUUUCCAACUACCUGAGGACCAAACGUGAUGGAUUCAUUCCUUAUCGGGAAAGAUCACCAAGAUCUCGUAGUCAAGUCCGAUCAAUGGUGGAAGCCGUUAUAGCUGACAGGAUAAGCAGAGAAGGAGUCAAUGAAGGAACCCUUUUUGGCAGGCUUUUGAUGACCAAGAACCAGAACCAACGGACCACUGAGUUGAAAGACUUGUGGCAGAGUCCUCUUACUAUGGAAGAUCUGAUCUGUUACAGUUUCCAGGUGGCUCGUGGAAUGGAGUUCUUGUCAUCACGAAAGUGCAUUCACAGAGACUUGGCUGCCAGGAACAUCCUAUUGUCGGAGAACAAUGUUGUAAAAAUCUGUGACUUUGGUCUGGCCAGAGAUAUUUACAAAGAUCCUGAUUAUGUCAGAAAAGGAAGUGCACGUCUGCCUCUAAAGUGGAUGGCGCCAGAGAGCAUUUUUGAUAAAGUUUACACUACUCAGAGUGAUGUAUGGUCCUUUGGGGUGCUCCUAUGGGAAAUCUUCUCACUUGGUGCCUCCCCGUAUCCUGGAGUCCAAAUCAAUGAGGAAUUCUGCCAACGCCUGAAGGAAGGGACACGCAUGAGGGCACCCGAAUAUGCAACAACAGACAUUUAUCGUAUCAUGUUAAGCUGCUGGCAUGGAGAUCCUAAGGAACGACCGACAUUUAAUGACUUGUUUGAGAUUCUGGGUGACCUCCUUCAAGAGAAUGUACUUCAGGAAGGAAAGGACUACAUCCCACUCAAUGAUUCCCAGAGCUCAGAGGAAAUGGACUUGUCCCAGUCACCAAUCUGUCCGCAAAACAACUCGGACGAGGAGGAAUGUGACAUGAGACUGCACUGUCAUAACUUGGCUGUGAGGUAUUACAACUGUGUUUCUUUUCCUGGAUGCUUCACUGGAGGCAACCAGAUUCGGUGUCCUUCACGACUGAAAACAUUUGAAGAAUUUCCAAUGACAAAUGUGAUGCAUAAAGGUCACCCGGACAAUCAGACAGACAGUGGGAUGGUACUGGCAUCUGAAGAACUGGAGAGGAUAGAGAACAGGCACAGAACAGAUGGAGUGUACAGCAGUAAAAGUUCCCGUAGAAAUAAGGAAAGCACUACUCCAAGCUGCUCAUCCCUCCAGAACAGGAGUCAGUCAUCGUAUCCAUCUUAUAGUGGAGGGCAGACGUUUUACAACAGUGAAUAUGGAGAGUUGUCAGAACAAUCGGAGGGGGAUAGCUUCACGCCCCCUGGAGGCUCUGCCAGUCCUGACCUUGUUCAUGCUUCUUUCUUCUCUGAUGAAAACUGAGGAGGACCUUGCAACUGGAACAAGGUCCUAAGCCACCAUAGAGGCCUAGGCUUUGUCUCAUCUCAUCAUAUUCAUAGAUUACUGUAUAAUAUCUUCCUUAUACACCAAAAAGAAGGAAUAAGGCCCCAUGAUGGCCUCUGAGUUUUCAAUACUCAGGACUACUCUGCUUCUGCAGAACGGAGACUGGAGAGUUAAAUAAAAUACCAAUAUGGACAAUGAGAGAGACAUUACUAUGUCCUGUUUUCCCAGUGCUCAGAACUCAGACAUGGACACAGUAUUACAGACGGCAUUUGAAUUACAUGAAGAAAAUGCAUUGUUGUCUAUACUCAGUAUUUAUGUAUCCUAUCUGCUACUGAAACAUUGGUCAUUGCUUUUGUCACAAAAAUAAUAAUAGAACUCUGUUGUAUAUCUUACAUAAGGCCAUAUUGUUAUGUUGACUAUAAUGAAUGAUAUAGUAUGAACAUUAUCUACCAAGGUAGUUUAUUAAGAGGAUGACUGGUAGAUCACAAUCUAAUAUUUUAUCAAAUCCUUUAAACCGUAUGGGAGGUAUGACUAAAUAAGAUAUAAUAGGCCACAGCUGUGUCUAUAUCUAUCUCCUGCCUAAAGGGAAUUGGUCAGAUCAUUUAAACCUACCAAAUAACUUGGACGGGCACUUAGCAUGUCACGGACUCUUCUGUGGCCGUUCAGAGCAUCUUCAUUGAUUAGAAAGUGAACUUUUAUACUUUAUGCCAGUAAGGUGGCAAGUGUCACAAGGGUGUCCCAAUCAUGGCUCUCUUGCAAGGCCUACCCAAUGGCAUUUUUGCGCAUGUGCAGUAUGGUCUGUGCAAGAUUUCAAUGAGAAGAGAAGUGGCAUCUGAAAAGGCAGCAAUCAGGGUAAAGGGGAAGGUGUUGAGCAGGCCUUGCGAGCAAGACCAGGAGCACCUUGAUUCAAACCAUACAAUGAACCUGAAUGACACAUGUUGGUGCCCGUUGACUUUUAAUGGAGUCUUUUGAGGUUUCAUUGAGGCAUCUGUCAUUCUUCUGCUCAAUUCUUGCUAUUCUUGAAGUGAAGGAAACCUGGAUGGAACUUCCAAACGAAAAGCCAAAUGCAAAUGUGAGCAUCUCAGAACAGCACAACUAUAUAGGCCCAGAUUUGUAACUUAAAUCACAUCAGAUCAUUAUCUCAAAAAGCGUUAUAGUGGGGAUGGAAGAGACAAAUUUACGUCUACUAUUUAAAACUGCCAAUAAAACAUAAAACAUAAUUACCAUAACAAAUAUACAGUUAUUAGCAUCAGAUAUAAGCUGUUGGCUCAAAAUGUGAUAUGCAUGAGUCAUGCAAUAAGAACAGAUGAUAGCACAGUACUGCUGUGGUUUUCUUUAUGAGAGGUACUUUAUAUGUAAGGAUAACAUCUCUUUGGUGAGAACUAUUUCAUAAACUGGAAUUUAAGCCUCAAAAGCCUUUUUCAAACGAUUAAUGUACUCCACCUUGUAGAUGACACUGGUACCCAAUAAUGUAACUUGGUUUAAGUAAAUUCAUAUUACGAUGGCUUCUUACACUUUUAGUAAAAAAAAAAAAAAAGUUGCCAUUCCAUAUCCGUACAGUAGGGGCGAUCCAGCAUGCUCGUCUGCCUCUAUGCCUAUGUGCAACAUCUGAGCCCUUUCCAAUUGAUAGUCUUCCAAUGACAAAAGACUUAUUUUCUAUGCAAAAUGAAUGCUGAAAAUUGUUCUGUUUUGAUAUGAUAUAAUAUAUAUCUUUAUAUAUAAAUAUAUAUUAGUAUACAAACUA